CUUAUGUUAGCAGUGGACGACUUCUUCCAUGUUGCAGUCAAGUCUUCCUCAGAGAGCUGUUUAACAUGAUAUCCUCCUCACACAGCCUCACAGAGAUUCAACAACGUAUAGAUGAAGUCAGGCGGUUUCUGUCUAUAACUCUGAGCAUCGCCAACGCUCACACUGUGGAGUUUUACACUCACGACGCGUGGAAACGGUUCGUGGCUGUGCCACCAGAGGAGGUCCUGUCAGCCGUUAGCUCCGGUGGUGACCAGCAGAGGGAGCCAGAGGUCAAAGGAAAAGAGCAGUCCAGGACCACAUUUGGGUUUUGCAGUGAUACAAAGCGGCUGGUUGAUACCCAUGAACUUUUGCAGGCAGCCAAGGCCCACUCACUUCCAGGCCUUGGAGUCUGCUGGAGCAGGGAUGAGCUACUGCAGGCCCUCAGAGAGAACAGGUCUGAGGCUGGCGCUCCACCAGCAGACAUAGGUGUUGAGCUGGAGCCAGAUGAGUUUAUGAACGCUAAGAAAUCUCAUGAGGUCCAGUCCAUGUCAGAGGUGGUGGCCUUUUUGGCCCAGCACUGUGGAGUCAAACAGGUGAUAGAUGUGGGCUCAGGUAAAGGCUACCUGAGUUCUUUCCUGUCUCUGCAGAAUGGUCUCCAGGUCUACGGCAUCGACUCCUCCAGCACGAACACCCAUGGAGCCCAGGAAAGGAACAGGAAGCUGAAGAAGUUCUCCAGGGCGUACCAGAAAUACUCCAAGGCGGUAAGGGCACAAGGAGAGGCCACACAUUCACCUCAGGAGGAGUUAGUAGAAAUAAAGUCUGGGCCAAAUGGAGACAGUGAUGUCUUAUGUGGUGCUGGAGAAGGACUUAUGUCCCAGGAGGAAGAGAAAGUGUUAACCACAUUAUCAGAUGUCAGCCCUGCAGCUGAAAGACCUUCAGGGCCAAAUCCAGAAACCGAGGAGCCCUUCUUUAGUGCUUUAUCAGUGGAUUUGAUACAGACUGCAUCCCCAAGAAUUCCCCCCAGCCAGCUAAGCACCGAGGAGAGGGAGCGGAGGAAGAGGGAGAACCUGGAGAGGAAAGCUCUGAACAGAACUGACGGCAGCAGCACCGUGUUUUCACCCCUCACGUCUUACGUUACUGCAGAAACGGAGCUCAGAGAGCUCAUCAACGAGUUAGAGGAUGCGGUCAUGGUCGGUCUGCACACGUGCGGCGACUUGGCUCCCAGCACCCUGAGGAUGUUUGUGGCCAAACCAGAGCUGGCUGCAGUCUGCAGCGUGGGCUGCUGCUAUCACCUGCUGUCUGAGGAGUUUUACCCAGCCGAACAGGAGUGUUUGCAGGGUGUGUGUGGUUUCCCUCUGAGUCAGUACCUCCGCGACCAGUCCUGGUUCUGCGGCAGAAACGCCAGGAUGUCUGCAUGUUUGGCACUCGAGAGAGUUUCACUUGGCCAAGGGAUUCAGAUGGAGUCUCUGUUCUACCGCGCAGUUCUUCAUGUUAUUCUGAGGGACCACUACAGCUCCUAUAAAAGUGAAAAGCGAGUUGGAAAUGUCUACUCCAAGGCUAAAUCGUUCGUGGACUACGUUCGGCGAGCCCUACGCAGACUGGAACUGGAUGAAUCAAAGCUUUCUGACGACAACAUCCAGAAUUACUAUGACACAUACAGACCACGAAUGAGUGAGAUGCAUGCCUUUAACAUGUUGAAGGUGACCCUGGCUCCCUGUAUUGAAGGUCUGAUUCUCCUGGAUCGCCUGUGCUAUCUGAAAGAACAGGAGAACGUAUCAGCCUCUGCUCUGGUGCAGCUCUUCGAUCCCCUGCUGUCACCGAGAUGUUACGCUGUCGUCGGACUGAAGAUGGGACCAGACCAGUGGCGAUGCCAGCUCAGUGUUUAUGGUGGAAUGGAACACACAACAGGAGAGAAGUGAGUUUGUUGAAACAGGUGAACUGUGCAAGAUUUAUUCAAUAUGCCUUACUGUGUGAUCCCACCACAAGAUGGCCUGUAGUUUUAGCUCAUGUCUGAGAGCAGAUGGGAAUGAUUGAAUCUGGGAUACAGUGAUGUGCGACUUACCGACUUAAACCACCUCUGUUGUAGUUGCUGAUACAGUAGGUGUCUCCAGGACCACAUUGUGCCAUGAUGACACUUCUCUCUCACACACACGCACACACAUACAUACACACACGCACGCACACAUAGUCACUAGGUGAAAACAAUACCGGCCAUGCUGUCGCAGCUGGUAAAUAUUUUUUCGGUGCUCAGGCCUUGACUUUGUGCUCUUCUCAGAGCUCAGCUCAUGAAAACACAUGCUUAAAACACCUGGAAAAACUGUCAGUUGUGUUUGAUUGAAUUAUAUCCAUCUCUGCCUUUUGUCUUUAUGUUUGAGUGACCCUUGAGAAAACACUUCUUUUUAAGAACCAUCCAGGGAGUCAGGGGCAUUGUGGGAUUUAGGGAGACUUGGAUCACCUCUGUUGACAGGUCUGGAAAGUCCAUUUCAAACCAGAGGCAGCAGAAGGCGCCCUUUUUAAUCUUUACGUCUGUUUGGCUCUGUCCUUGGUCAUUUAAUAAAUCAUGUUCUUUUUACAUGCUUGAAAACAAAGGUUAGAGUUUUGAGUGCGUACAUUAGUUAUGGUUGUGAGAAUUACACUAAAACAACAGACAGACAAUGUAAGGUGGUAAAUGGAGCAUUUCAGGGACCAAUAGCAUUAAAUUAUGUUUCAGCAGCGAUGGGCUAGGUUGGUACUUCUGCAGCUGUCACAGGGGUAUGUGGAAAGACCAUCUAAUUUAAAAAUAAUGAAACAGUUGAAACCAAUUAGAUAUAUAUAGUUGAAAUAGAUCCCUUGCUAAACUAAAAGAUAAAUUAUAGCCAGAUGUAUCUAUCUAAAGGAGAAAUGUUAGGUAAAAGUAGUUGGUAAAUGGUUGAAAUGGUAUGAGUGCAAACUUUAUUCUGUUAUAGUCAGUAAUGGACAUGGCAGCUGUGCAUGUUAAGAGUUUUAAUUUAA